UAUGUAUGUAUGUACACAAUGCUACUCCAAUUUAUAAAAUAAAAAACAGAUAUAACGUACAAGUAUGUACAUUAUAAAACUAACAACAACGCGCUUUAAAUAAAGCUAAACCAAGCCACUGAACCUAUUUGCAAACAACUUACUAGUUGAAUAAUGUAUUAAAGUAAUAUGAACCUCAGUUUUUUUCUAAAAUAUGAAAAAAUUCAGUUAAAGUUUGCGCGUACGUUCCCGCGUUACUCAAAGCUUUGGUAUAGAUUUAAAUUUUUACAUUAACAAGAGUUGAAAAAUAUUAAUUAACAUACUUUGUUGCGUUGUUGUAUGUUGUCCAACAAUCUUAAUAUACGUAAUAAAAUCUAUAGAUAUAUUUUAGUGUGGAUACACGAUUUUGCGGUUAAUUUUGCCGUAUGUAUAGUACAUGACACGCGUGAUUGUGAUAUAAUUGCACUAUGAUACAAAUCGUGAGACGACUCAUUUAUAAGUAAUAAAGGAAUUAAAAUUUGUUACUUGUACUUAGACUACUACAUACAUGCAUAUAUUUACAUGUAAUGAUUACAUGAAGUAAAAGGUGCUGUGAUGAUAAAUGUUUAUGUUUCUAUAUGAAGAACACUUCCAUAGUAGAUCUGAAAAACAAUGAUUAUUAAAUUAGCAAGUAUAAUAAGCUGCUCUUCGGAACACCUAUCUUACCCUGCAUCCAAUCUGCUUCAGCAUAAUUCAAACAGUUCGUGGAGAUGUGCCAAACCAGCAGAAAUGCUUGCCACUGUUAUUUUUCAAUUGAAAGAACCAUCUUGCAUCACAGGAUUGGAUAUCGGCAAUUACCGUACCUGUGUUGUAAUUGUUACUGCUUCCACAUCCGCAGAACCCGACAAUUGGAUUCCCAUAGUAAACCACCAAUUUAUGACGCACGAUGAAGCAGCAAAUGGCAAGUUUAGAGACCAAGUGCAGAUAUUUACAAAGAAGGAACUAAACCCUUCCACUUUGAAGAUAAAAUUUGACCGGGUAAAAGUGACCUGUAUGCAAUCUGCAAACUUGAAAGAAUUGUUUGGGCUAUCUUUUAUUGUGCUGAAAACAGAAGUCACAGUUGAUUUAGGAUUGGAUGUUUUUGGGAGGUUUAAGUUGAAACAGUCUGAAGAAGAUGAUAGUAAAUCAUCUGUAAAUGAUUUUAAAGAAAAGUACCUUAAAUUGACUACAACUAAAAAACCAGACUACAAAGGUGAAUUACUUUCAAAAAUCAAAGAAACUAGUAUGAAUAAUUUUUCGAAACGUCAAGAAGAAAACAAAGAAGCUAUGAAAAGACCACUGUUGGAGAAAUUAGAAGCUGGAAAAGCUGAGGAAGUAUUUGGAGCUAAAAAGGAAGAAGUCACUAAUUCACCUUCUGUAAGUAGUUCUAAAGCCAAAGAUAUCUAUAUCAUUGAUAAGAUAAAUGAAUCAAACAAUAAACCAGUAGUAAGAACUCCAUUUGGUGAUAUUGUGCCUACACCAUCGCCUAAAAUGAAUAAAAAUCAGAGACAUAGUACAAAUUCAAGAAAUCGUUCUUCAAGCCCUGAAGAAAAUUCACAGAAACAUACUUCAAGAAAACGGUCCUUAAGUCAUGAAAGUUCUUCAAAGGAGAACAUAAAUAAAAAGAAACGUAGCUGUUCCCAAUGCCAAAAUGAAGAAGAUAAAGUUUGCAAAACCUGUGGACGAUUGCCUGAACCUAAACCAAUACCAGAACCAAAAAGAUCUCCAAAAAAGAAAAGUGCUGAAUCUCAGAAACCAAAAAAAAUGUUUUCCAAACUUUUUGAGGAUAUUACCUUUUCCCUCAGCGGAUAUGUUAACCCCCAAAGAGAUGAAAUUAGAAGAAAAGCUCUAAAAAUGGGCGCGCGAUAUAUUGCCGAUCCUAACACGACUAAUAGAAAAUGUACUCAUUUGAUUUGCGCAUUUAAAAAUACACCAAAGCAUAAGCAAUUAAAGGGUCACGCUAAAAUAGUUUCACAUACUUUCAUUGAAGACUGUUUCAAUGAAAAGAAACGACUUCCUUGGAGACGAUAUGCUUUGGAAAGUGAAGAUGUCGCUGAACCAGAAAGCGAAGAAGAAAUUUUGGGUAGUUCGUCACCUCCUCCAACAGCCAACAUAUUCGAAGAAGACACUGAUUCUGAUUCUAAUUACUAAGCUGAAUUCUUCAGAAAUUAUAUUUAUGUGACAAGUAACUGCUGGCAGAAAGUUCGAAUUUUUGUGUACAUACAUAACAGAUAAAAAUAUUUCUUUAGUGCCUCGUAUAGUAUUUUUGUUUUUUUGUAUAAAUUUUUGUUUAAUGAAUCUCCCUAUUGGAAUGCUAAAAGACGCAAUAAUUUUGUACUGUAGUUUUCUACAAUGUUCAUAAACAAAAUAUAUAAGUUUUUCAAUAA